UGUUUUUUGUUUAUUAUGGGAAAAUUAAAACGUAAAGAUAUUCAUCAUCAACAACAACAACAACAAGUUACAAACAAUUAUCAUCAGCAUCAUUAUCAUUAUAAUAAUAAUAAUCGAUUCGCUUACAAUAAUAAUCAUCAAUCAUCACCAUCAUCAAUAUCAUCAUUAUCAUCAUUGUCACCGACAAGUUCAUCAAGUGUAUCACCAUCAUCUCGUACAUCAUCACCAUUAUCAUUAUCAUCAACAAUAUUAAUAAAACAACAAUCAUUACCUUGGAAAUCUCCAACAUCAUCAUCAUCAUCAACGUUAUUUACAAUUUCAGAUGAAGAUUCAGGUAUAAUUGAUAGUUAUAGUAGUAGUAAUAGUAGUAGUAGUAGUUGUAAUGGUGGUUCAACAUCAACAUCAUCAUCCGCAUCAUCAUCAUUAUCAUCGUUAUCGGAUAAUUCUUCUUCUUCUUCUUGUUUGGAUUUAAAUUUACAAAUAAAUUCAAUGAAAAAAACUAAUAAUUUAUUACAAACAAAUAUUCCUGUAACAAAAGUUGCAAGAUUUAAUUUAAUAAAUAGAGAUUCUACUACCAACAACGUUGCCGCAUCAUCUAGAUUAAAUCAUCAUCCAUCUGGUGGUGAUGGUGGUGGUGGUGGUUAUAUCAUGACAAAUAUAAAUGGCCAUGUUAAAAAUAUUGCAAACAACAACAACAACGCUGUUAACACUAACGCAACACGAUUAUCAUCAUCGUCAUCGUCGUCAGUGGUAACUAAUAAUAAUAAUAUUGGUGUUAAUCAUUUGCAACAUCUUCAUCAUCAUCAACAACAUCAACAUCAACAUCAACAUCAUAAUCAUUCACAUAAUCAACAACAACAACAUCAUCAUAACCACCUGUUGCAUCAACAACAACAACAACAACAACAAACAGUAAAUAAAGCUCAACCAUUUUCACGAAGAACUUUAAAUUAUUUACCACCACCGCCUACAAAUUUUGGAACAACAACAUCAUCAACAUCAUCAUUACAUAAUCAACAGCAAAUUAAUAAUAAUAAUGUUUCAUCAAAUUCAUCAUCAUCAACGUUAUUAUCGUCUGGUUGUGGAAUAACAUCGAAUCUAUUAGUUGAUAACGGUAGUAGCAGUAAUUCAUCAUCAAUAUCGAUGUCACAAACAACAACGACAACAACAAAUCAACAACAACAACAACCAAAUAGUGUUUCAAAUUCGUUGAAUAAUAAUAAUAUGAUGAUUAUGUCAUCCCCAUCAUCAUCAUCAAGUUCGUCGAUUCGUAAUGGUGGUAACCAAAAAUCUAAUAGCCAUUCGAAUCAUAAUCAUUCAACAACAACAACAGCGUUAGGAAUGAAUCCACAUCAAUAUAAUCAAAAUAGUAUAAUUAAUAAUCGUUUUGCACCAUGUGCAUAUCCAUCACGUUCAAAAAAUAAUCGUUAUGAAUUGAAAAUCUUGUCGCAACCUGAAGAACAGCAUAGAGCAAGAUAUCUGACUGAAGGUAGUCGUGGUGCUAUAAAAGAUAAAUCUGGACAUGGUUAUCCAAUUGUAAAACUUUUCGGUUAUACCCGACAACCAAUUAAAAUACAAUGUUUUAUUGGACAUGAUAAACAUAUUGGUGUACCGCAUUUAUUUUAUCAGGCAUCGAAAAUUGCCGGGAAGAAUUCAACAAAUUGUAUGUUAAAAAAAAUUGAUGGUACAAGUAUAAUUACAAUGGAAGCAUCACCAGCUAAUAAUAUGGAAAUAAAUGUUGAUUGUAUCGGUAUAUUGAAAGAACGUAAUGUUGAUGUUGAACAAAAAUUGAAUAAAUUUCAAAAAAAUAUCAAUGAGAAUGGUAAUGGUAAUAGCAAUAUGACCACCACCAUCAAUAAUGAUCUAGAUUCAGUGGCAAAUAUUAAACGUUCAACACGUUGUCGUUUAGUAUUUCGUUGUGAAAUACCUGAAACAAUGGAAAUUUUACAAACAGUUAGCACACCUAUAUUAUGUACACAACCAUUAGGUACACCUGAAAUUAAUAAAAAAUCAAUGACCAUCUGUAAUCAUUUGGAUGGUGGUGAAGAAUUAUUUAUAAUUGGUAAAAAUUUUCUAAAAGAUGCUAAAGUUAUAUUUCGUAAUGAUAAAUGGAUGAAAAUUGUUGAACCAAAUCGUGAAUAUCUUAAAUCGACACAUUUGAUUUGUAAAAUUCCACCAUAUGAUUUACCAACGACAACAAAAUUAUCUCAACAAAUACAGACACGAUCAUCAUCCUCAUCAGCGGCAACAACAGCCGAUCAAAAAUUAAUCGAAGUUUUUCUAAUGGUCAAAAGUGGUGGAAAAUGUUCAGAUUCACAUAGAUUUUAUUAUCGUUUGCCAGAUAAUCGAAUCAAUAAUUCAAGUUCAAAUUUACAACAACAAACAUCAAACACUGGUAAUAACAUGAUGAUGAUGAGAAAUCGACGACGAAUGACGGAAUCAUCAACAUCAACAUCGGCGACAACGAUAAACAAUUCUAGAGCAGCGGAAUUACUUGAUUUUAUUGGAAAUCAAAUAAAAUUGGAAACAGAUUUACAAUCACCAAAUUUAUCUGUCACGAUGGUAAAUGAUCAACAACAACAACAACAACAGCCGAUGAUAAUGACCAAUUUAGCACAGCAACAACAACAGCAAUCUUGUGGUCAAGCGGUUGAUCAGAUUAUAAUUCCUUCCGUUGAACAAACAAUAACAACGCCGCCGCCAACAGCAACAACAACAAUGAUCACUAAUAAUGAUCAAUUAAAUAAUAAUAGUAAAGAAUUGAAUGAUAAUAAUGAUUUGAAUGAAUUAAGCUCAUCCGAAAAAUCUAUUCCUAAUUUAGUUUGUAAUGAAAACAAUAACAACAAUUUAUUAACAACAGCUACAAAUUUACCUUUAGCUACAAACUUACCUUCGAACAACUUAGCUUUAAAUUCAUCGAUUAUUGUUCCUGUUGAAAAUAACCAAACGUUACAAUCAACAAUAAAUCAUCAGACCAAUGAAAACACUUUAAUUAUGGAUAUGAAUCUAUCUCAUCAUAAUCAUCAUCAUAAUCCUCAUACUGGUCAUCGUACUGGACAUCAUCCACAUCCACAUCAUCAUUUGGAAUUUAUUGAUCAUCAUUUACAAUCCACUACUACCUCUUUAUCGUCAUCGACGGCUACUCAACAAUCAACAGCAGCAGCAGCAACAGUCGUAGACUCUAAUGAAACAAACCAAUCGAUUCAGCAACAGCAAAUAACCAAUGGAACAAACAUUCAACAACAACAGCAACAUAAUUUAUAUUCAAUGUUAUCAUCAACAACACCAUCAGCAUCAUCAACAUCAUCAACACAAUCAGCAUCAUCAUCACCGACAAUUAUUGAUCCAACAGCAACAGCAUCAUCAACAACAAUAAUGUCAUUUAUAUCAAAUCAAAAUAUUAUGGCGCCUUGUAUAGAACAAGUAUCAUUAACACCAUCACCAUCAUCAAUAUCAUCAUCAUCAUCAUCAUCAUCAGCGAAUACAUUAUCAUCAACAUCAUCAUCACCAUCUUGCAGUGGUGGUGGUGGUAGUAUAUCAUCAAAUAUUAUCAAACAAGAAGAAUUAUUAGAUACAUUAUUAUUAAGAGGAUGUAAUCCUUUGAAUGUAAAUCAACAAUCAACAAAUCAACAAACAGUACAAAUUGAUCAACAACAACAAUGUACUAGUUCUGUAUCGUCAAUGGGAGCAAAUUUGAUAUCGGAUCAACAACAACAACAAUUACAAUAUUUGAAUGGUACACAUUUUGGCGCCCAAUUGCUAGGCACCAAUAAUACCAAUGCUACAGUUCAACAAUCGGAAUCAUUUUUACAGCCGGAUUUUAAUAAUCAAUCAAAUGUUUCUAUGCAAAUUGUUACGGGCAAUCAAUCAUCAUCAUCAUCAUCAUUUGUUUCAUCAAUCGAUCAUCCAAUGAUAAAUAUUAAAAAUGAAAAUGAUUCAAAUCUUUCACCACCACAACAACAACAACAGCAAACAAAUUCUUUAGUAACCAAUAAUAACCAAAUUACGAAUAAUACUACUAUCGAUACAACGUCAUUAUUACCUGAAAUAAGUUUACAAGAUUUAAAUAAACAAUUGAAUGCAAUUGUUACACAACAAUCUGUCGCCGUUGUUGGUGGUUGUCCUGUACCAACACAGCAACCAACAACAUCUUCAUCGAUUAUCGAACCAGCUACACAAUCAAAUAUAGCUACUAAUAUAACAAUGGCUAUGGAAGGUGUUUUGGAUGGAACUUAUUCAUCAACAUCACCAUCAUCAACAUCAACAUCGACAACAAAUAAUUUUUUAGUUUCGAAUACAAAUGAUAAUACGAAUACAAAUUCACCAUUAAUCGAUCAAAUAAUGAAUACAUUGAAUCAAACAGUAACCACUACAAAUGUUCAAAGUAAUCCAAAUCAAUCAAUAGAUUCUUUUAUGCAAACAAUACCAAUAUCAUCGACUAAUCAAGAUCCAUUAGCGAUAACAUUAGCCUGUCAAUCGGGAAAUCAACAGCCAUCAACAAUACCAUGUCCAAUGAUGACAAAUGAUGAUUGUCCACCACCACCACCAUUGACCACCAUACAUCAUCAAACACAAUCAGCAAUGACAAUUACCGAACCAAAUAUUGUUGUAACAACAACAUCCUGUAUAAAUCCUGAAACAUUAAACAUACUCGAACAACAACAGGUUGCAAAUCAGAUGCUAAACAACAACAACAACAACAUUAUAGCUGUUAAUGCUAUCGGUAAUCAAUUACAAAAUAUAGCCAUGUCAGUUGAUCCUACUCCAACAUUAUCAUCAAAUUCAACGAUUAUUAAUACCAAUCAAAUAUCAUCACCGCCAUUAUCAUCAUCGACAACAAAAGUUGAUAUGCUAAUAGGUUCGGGUAAUUUAGCAUCUUAUUGUCAUCAAGAUUUGACAUCGACAACAUCAACAACAAAUAAUUUAUCACCACAACAGCAACAAUUGAAUAAUCCUGAAUCAGUAAAUCAACUACAGCAACAACAACAAGUUUUCGGAAUGACUAUAAUGUCCAAUUCUACUGAAACAGCAAACAAAUCGAAUGAAUUAAUAUUACCAACGCCAACAUCGAUGAUAACGAAUCAAAAUCAACCACCAUUGAUGGAUCAUUCAUUGUCAAACAUUUGUACAUCUACAAUAAUAAGCAAUAAUAAUAAUGAUACAGUAUUAUCGGCAACAACAUCAUCAUCAUCAACAACAACAACAACGACAAACGAACAAAAUGAUUUAAUGACCAGUGCACAAUCAAAUAUAUGUCCAAUGUCAAAAAUGAGCGAUGCUGAAUUGAUUGUAUUUAUUGAUCCAAAAACAUUUGAUUGAUAGC